AUGGAUAAAUCCCUUUCACAACAAGCUAGUAGGGGUGAUGGACAACAAGACAACAUUCUCAAUUAUGGAAGGGGUUCCUUUAAUACUAAUGCACCACUUAGAGUUGGUCCAUCAGGUAGUGCUGCAACCUGUUUGACAGAUUCAAACGACAACUCUAUUCCAGCAGCACAAGGGCCACCAGGGAAUAAUUUUUCAGCUGGACUACAGGGUAGUCGACAACAACCCACUGGACUACAAUUACAACCAGAGAUACAAGGGAGGACAGGGUUUAUUGGCGCUCCAACAUUCAGUGAAUGGGUUACGAACACUUCUAACUUGUCGUUUGUGAAUGGGUUAAACAGUGAGCGACUGGCUAGUUCUUCAAACAAUGUGCAGGUUGGUUUACAAACUAUUAGUGACAAACUAAAAUUGUUUGAUAAUAAAUUACUAAAAAUGAAAAAGCUCCAACUAGAAGUCAUGUAUUUUAAUACUUGCCUUGAUCAACACAUUGUUCCUAAAGGGUUGCGCUAUCAUCAAUACCUCACCGGUUUAAUUGCUGAUUCACCUUUUCAUCUUGAACUGGAAGUUUUUGUUUUGAACACUGAGAUCACUACAGACUUGGACUUCCUGAGAUACAAGUUCGAUUAUGAAAGAAGCUUUUUUAGUAUAGAUCAGCUAUUGGAGAGACUUAAAACAAAUAAGCUUAAGAAGAUCAAUAGAGACCGACAAGCUUAUGAUACUGGCACUGCUUAUCCUAAACCAUCUAGUGCACAGUCAGCAGCAGCACUAGGUGGGAAUACACAAAUUUUGCUUAACACCAAUGCGGAUUCUACCCUUGGCAACAUGGGUAGUCCUAAUUCUAUUGUAGUUGACAACAAUGACAACACCCUGAGACGUAGUGAAAGAAUUCGUAACCAAAAUUACAAUAACAGUAACGGGACAACUACACACAGCACUAAUAUGAAUAAUAGAAGUGAUUCCAACCAAAAUUUUCGUGUAACCAAAGACUUAGGAGCAAUUCUGAAGAAGUUCAACAACAUGCAGAAGAACCAGAAGAACAAACACAGCAACAGAUUCAAGAGAUAG